CCCGGCGCUGUCGGCAUGGGUGGAGGGAACACAACAACCACUGCUACAAGCUGAUUAACGAGAAAGUCCGCUUCAGUACAGCGAACCAAAGGUGCAAAGGAAUGGGCGCGAAUCUCGCUUCUAUCAGGGACGGCCAGGGGAACAACUUCAUUGCAAGUGCAUCUGAUGAUAUGGUCUGGAUAGGACUACAACACAGCAAGUGGACGGACGGGUCAGCAGUUUCCUACAAGAACUGGGCUCCGGGUCAGCCUGACGAUCACUGGUUUUAUGGCGGAGAAAAUUGCGUCGUUAUCUACAAAAAG